CUCAGUAUUUCUGUAUCUCAAAGCGGUGAACAUUACUAUGGCUUCAUCUAAUGAGUUUGGACGUUUCUGGAUCGUCUCUGCGUUUUUCCUCUCCUUUUGUGCACGGUAUGCCUUUUCUCGACAGAUCCUAUACUCCGUGUCUGAAGAGGUGAGUCCGGGGACGUUUGUCGGAAAUUUAGCCAGGGAUUUGAACCUCAAAGUGGACGAGCUCGAGCCUCGCAUGCUUCGAAUCGUUUCGGGAUCAACUAAGAAACAUUUUGAUGUGAAUAUAAAAACCGGUGCUCUGUACGUCCUGGACACUGUAGACAGAGAGGAGCUGUGUCCGAAUAACAACGCGUGCACGGAAAGCUUGGAAGCCAUAUUAAACAAUCCCUUAAAUGUUUAUAGCAUUGAGGUAAAGAUUCUGGACAUAAACGACAACAAACCUGCUUUUUCAGUAAAUUCGCAAAAUAUCCGGAUAUCUGAGCACACACAUCCAGGGGCUAAAUUUGCUCUUCUUGGAGCAGAAGAUCCAGAUGUAGGAAUCAAUUCUGUAUCCACAUAUAAGCUCUCAGCCAACCCGUUUUUUAACUUGGAGGUAAAUGCCGAGGCAGACAGUGCACCAUUUCCGGAGCUAGUGCUGCAAAAAGCGUUAGACAGAGAAAAACAGGCCGAACUCCAGCUCGUCCUGACUGCACUGGAUGGUGGAAAACCACAGAGAUCUGGAACGACAAAUAUUAUCAUCACCAUUUUAGACGCGAACGAUAACGCGCCGUUUUUUGCAAAGCAAUUAUUUAAAGCCCAGGUUUUAGAGAACGCAGCUGUGGGAACUGUGAUACUAAAGCUCAACGCUACUGAUCCUGACGAGGGCGUCAAUGGAGAAAUUAUUUAUACGUUUAAACAAGGGCAAAAAGGAAUCGCGGACAAAUUCUCUCUCAACAGCAACACUGGAGAGAUAGAAGUAGCAGGAAUUUUGGAUUAUGAAGAAGUAAACGCAUAUGAAAUCCUGGUGGAGGCACGGGAUAGGGGACAAAGUCCGCUGGCGUCGCACUGUAAAGUGUUAGUAGAGGUGCUGGAUCUCAAUGACCACGCACCGGAUAUUAAGCUCUCUUCUCUUUUAGACAACGUGAGAGAAGACGCCAAGAAAGGCACAGUGAUUGCGUUUAUUACCGUGCAGGACAGGGACGGAGGUAAAAAUGGAAAAGUUCGCUGUUUCGUGUCUCAGAAUUCUCCAUUUGUAUUAGAGUCCACACAGGGGAAAUAUUAUUCCCUGGUCCUGAAUGGCGCGCUUGACAGAGAAGAAAACGCCCUGUAUAAUGUCUCAAUAACAGCCACAGAUGAAGGAGUCCCUGCACUUUCCAGCACCGCUGUCCUGACUGUCCAUAUUUCGGAUGUAAAUGAUAUCGCACCUCAUUUCCCUGAAUCUUCUGUGAGUGUUUAUGUUAAAGAGAACAGUCCAGCAGGAGCUCUAAUAGCAAGUGUCUCUGCACAAGAUAUGGACUUCGGCGAAAAUGCUCAAAUAACUUAUUCAUUACUUAGCAACUCGAACAUGCUUUUAUCUUCAGCUGUAAGCAUCAACUCUGUCACUGGAGAAAUUUACAGCAUGCAGUCUUUCAACUUUGAAGAGAUGAAAACUUUCCAGUUUCAGGUACAAGCCACUGACUCUGGUGUUCCUCCGCUAAGUAGUAACGUGACUGUGAAUGUUUUUAUCCUGGAUGAGAAUGACAACAGUCCAGUUUUUCUCCCUCCUUAUUCUGAACCCGGAUCAGUAAACAGUGAGAACAUUCCCUACUCUGCUGAAGCGGGGUAUUUUGUGGCUAAAGUCAGAGCUGUAGACGCUGAUUCAGGUUAUAAUGCACUAUUAUCAUAUCACAUAACCGAAUCAAAGGGAACGAAUCUCUUCCGAAUCGGAACCAGCACUGGAGAAAUAAGGACAAAAAGACGAAUGAGUGACAACGACUUAAAAACUCACCCUCUUAUCAUUACUGUCUCGGAUAACGGAGAACCUUCACUGUCCACAACUAUGAGUAUUGAAGUUGUGGUUGUGGAAAAUAUGGACAGUUUGCAGCCUUCACUAAGACAAGUGCCAGUAAAGGAGGAGAAUUUUUCUAAUCUGAAUCUCUAUCUGCUCAUCGCUAUUGUCUCAGUGUCCGUGAUAUUUUUACUGAGUCUCAUCGCUUUAAUAGCAGCUAAAUGCUACGGGACAGACGGCGGUUUCAGCAGGUCCAGCGCUCCUGUGAUCACUACACACCCUGACGGGAGCUGGUCUUACUCUAAAUCCACUCAGCAGUAUGAUGUGUGUUUUAGUUCAGACACACUGAAGAGUGACGUAGUAGUUUUCCCCUCGCCGUUUCCGCCUGCAGACGCAGAGCUGAUCAGCAUUAAUGAAGGAGACACGUUUAACAGGACACAAACUCUCCCGAGUUCCACAAAGGUAAGGGAUUUGAUAUACCUUUAUAUUUAUUUAAAAAUAAAUGUGUUUAAGAUGAACGAACGGUUUUGGAUAGUAUGUCUGCUCUGGACAUUGCUUUGUAUUCAGGGCGUAUCAUCCGGCCAUGUUGCGUAUUCUAUUAACGAGGAGGUGAGCCCAGGGACAGUUGUUGGAAAUUUAGCCAAGGACUUGAGUCUUAAUGUUGCUGAUUUGGAGUCGCGUCAUCUUCACAUCGUAUCCGGAUCGUCGAAGAAACAUUUUGAUGUGGAUGUAAAAACCGGAGCUCUUUUCGUCUUGGAGGCGAUAGACAGAGAGCAGCUCUGCCCAAACAGCGACAUUUGCACAGAAUCUCUGGAAGCGAUUGUUAAUAAUCCUUUACAGAUGCACAGCGUGGAGGUAAAAAUACUUGACAUUAACGAUCACUCGCCGGUUUUCCCAGGAAAAUCACAGACUAUUCGUAUUGCAGAACUAGCAGUCCCAGGAGCAAAAUUUCCGCUGCUUAGUGCUGAAGAUCCAGACAUUGGAAGCAACUCGAUCAGUUCGUAUAAACUCUCUAACAAUGGGUUUUUCAGCUUGGAGGUGCACACAGAUGCCGACCAAGGUCCAUCAGCCGAACUGGUGUUGAUGAAAAACCUUGACAGAGAAAAACAAUCCGUCAUCCGGCUUGUGCUGACUGCAGUUGAUGGAGGCAAACCAGCCCGAUCUGGUACAACAGAAAUUAUUGUCAAUAUUUUGGAUGCUAAUGAUAACGCGCCAGUAUUUUCAAAAACUGUUUACAAAGUUUUAGUUCAAGAAAAUGUUAUUUCCGGUACGUCAAUUUUAAAGCUUAAUGCUACCGAUCUCGACGAAGGAGUUAAUAGUGAGCUUACAUACUCCUUUAAACAAGGUCAAAGAGGAAUAGCCGAUAAAUUCGCUAUUGAUUCAACCACAGGAGAAAUCUCUGUAAUAGGAGCAUUAGACUACGAGACCACAAACGCGUACGAAAUUCGUGUUGAAGCCCGAGAUAGAGGCCAUUCACCACUAGCAUCACAUUCUAAAGUACUAGUGGAAGUAGUGGAUGUAAACGAUAACGCACCGGAUAUUAAGCUCUCGUCUCUUUUGGACAACGUGAGAGAAGACGCCAGGAAAGGCACAGUGAUUGCAUUAAUAACAGUUCAAGACAAGGACGGAGGUAAAAAUGGAAAAGUUCGCUGUUUCGUGUCUCAGAAUUCUCCAUUUGUAUUAGAGUCCACACAGGGGAAAUAUUAUUCCCUGGUCCUGAAUGGCGCGCUUGACAGAGAAGAAAACGCCCUGUAUAAUGUCUCAAUAACAGCCACAGAUGAAGGAGUCCCUCCACUUUCCAGCACCGCUGUCCUGACUGUCCAUAUUUCGGAUGUAAAUGAUAUCUCACCUCGUUUCCCUGAAUCGUCUGUGAGUGUUUAUGUUAAAGAGAACAGUCCAGCAGGAGCUCUAAUAGCAUGUGUCUCUGCACAAGAUACGGACUUCGGCGAAAAUGCUCAAAUAACUUAUUCAUUACUUAGCAACUCGAACAUGCUUUUAUCUUCAACUGUCAGCAUCAACUCUGUCACUGGAGAAAUUUACAGCAUGCAGUCUUUCAACUUUGAAGAGAUGAAAACUUUCCAGUUUCAGGUACAAGCCACUGACUCUGGUGUUCCUCCGCUAAGUAGUAACGUGACUGUGAACGUUUUUAUUCUGGAUGAGAAUGACAACAGUCCAGUUUUUCUCCCUCCUUAUUCUGAACCCGGAUCAGCAAACAGUGAGAACAUUCCCUACUCUGCUGAAGCGGGGUAUUUUGUGGCUAAAGUCAGAGCUGUAGACGCUGAUUCAGGUUAUAAUGCACUAUUAUCAUAUCACAUAACUGAACCAAAGGGAACGAAUCUCUUCCGAAUCGGAACCAGCACCGGAGAAAUAAGGACUAAAAGACGAAUGAGUGACAACGACUUAAAAGCUCACCCGCUUAUCAUUACUGUGUCGGAUAAUGGAGAACCUUCACUGUCCACAACUAUGAGUAUUGAAGUUGUGGUUGUGGAAAAUAUGGACAGUCUGCAGCCUUCACUAAGACAAGUGCCAGUAAAGGAGGAGAAUUUUUCUAAUCUGAAUCUCUAUCUGCUCAUCGCUAUUGUCUCAGUGUCCGUGAUAUUUUUACUGAGCCUCAUCGCAUUAAUAGCAGCUAAAUGCUACGGGACAGACGGUAGUUUCAGCAGGUCCAGUGCUCCUGUGAUCACUACACACCCUGACGGGAGCUGGUCUUACUCUAAAUCCACUCAGCAGUAUGAUGUGUGUUUUAGUUCAGACACACUGAAGAGUGACGUAGUAGUUUUCCCCUCGCCGUUUCCGCCUGCAGACGCAGAGCUGAUCAGCAUUAAUGAAGGAGACACUUUUAACAGGACACAAACUCUCCCGAGUUCCACAAAGGUAAGAUACUUUUUAAUGCAUUUUCUUUACUUUUUUUUUGCUUUUAAAUAA